AUGGCGUCGAGUCUGUCGUCCCUGGCUGAAAAUUUGCUUACACCCGAACAUGAGAAAUUCCGUGAGACAGCCAAACAUUUUGUCACCGGAGAUAUGCCGCUCGUGACUCGUAAGGGGGUGUACCCGUACGAGUACACGGAUAGUUGGGAGCGGAUAGAGGAUACUAGGUUACCGAGUAAGAGGAGCUUUUACAGUACGUUAACAGAGACCGGGAUUAAGGAGAGCGAAUUUGACCAUGCUAAGGAGGUAUGGAGGCAUUUUAACCUGUAG